AUGAUGUGGACUUUGAUCAAACUUUUCGAUGAGUGGGAAAUUCAGCUACUUGUCCUUCUCAGCUUCACACUACAAUUGUUCCUCUUGUUUGCUGGAAACCUUCGGCGCCGCAGGUCCAGUGGGUUCUUAAGGGUUCUCAUUUGGUUAGCUUUCUUGGGGGUAGACUUGGUAGCAGUUUAUGCCCUUGGCCUUCUCUCACGACGAGAGAACAACAUCACCACCAUCAUUGACAAGGGAAGCCAACCCCUAGCUUUCUUUUGGGCACCAUUUCUCCUCAUCCAUCUUGGUGGACAGGACACCAUUACUGCCUUCUCCAUGGAGGACAACAACUUGUGGCUGAGGCAUUUGCUGAAUCUGGUGGUGCAAGUUGUCCUAGCAUUCUAUGUUUUCUGGAGAUCCAUCAGAAGCGUACACAGCUUGGGGUUUCUCACUUCAGGUGUCCUUGUGUUUGUUGCUGGAAUUAUCAAGUAUGGAGAAAGAACAUGCUGUCUUAAGCGUGGGAGUCUUAAAGGCCUUGAGAGCUCAACACGGGUCCUAACAACAUGGAGUUUUCUGCAUCUGGAUCCUGCUAUUCAGGGCUAUUCUAAGGCUGUUUAUGAUGCUCUCAGGUCAGUGUCAUAUGCCCUCCACAUCUUUUCAGCACGUGGUUACUGUAUGACAAACUUCUACCCGCCAGGAGACAUCAACCAAACGGUGAAGAUAGGGAGGCUUCAGCUUGGCCUAGUGUACGACGAGCUCUACACAAAGGAUGUUGUACUCAGAACAAGGAGCGCCAUGAUAUUCAGAUACAUCUUUCAGUUAUCCAUUGUUGUUGCUUUUGGGCUCUUCCACGCAAUUGUAGACAAACAGGGGUAUGCCAAAGUUGACAUUGCAAUCACAUAUUCACUAUUUAUCGGAGGAUUUUUCAUAGAAGUUUGGUCAAUAAUACUUAAUUCCACGACAUCACCACGGACGUGGUUGAUGUUGAAGCGCCGGAAGUGGGAGAGGCUUGCGAAGUUGUCCUGGUUUAUUUUUUCCAAUGAUAUCAUUGGCUUGUCGGAGAAGAAGCAGCGGUGGCCAGGCCAAGUUCAAUCGGACAGUGAAUAUAUUUUGGAUGAGCAAAGUGUUAGACACCUGCGGGAUGCCACUCGAGAGUGGCCAAAUGUUGGCUCGAUGUUGGCAAAAAGGAUGCAGGGUUUUGAACAAUUUUUUGCUAGGACUGUCGUGGAGAUGCAUGUUCUGACCGAGUUACUCUUGAACAAAUACUCCCUUCUUUUAGAUUCAGACAUGGUAGCACCAGCAGAAGAUUAUGGUAGUAUGGUGCGGGUAUGCCGUAAACUAUCCAACUAUAUGAUGUGCCUUUUCGUUGCCCACCCUACCAUGCUGCCACUCACUACCAGCACUGCAGGUCUGUGGAUAGAUUUUCAGAGCCCAUAUAUGGUGAGCAAUUUGUCUAAGGAAAUGGACAAGUAUGAUCUCCAGCCAACCAAGGAAACAAUAGAGGAGAUGGUACACAUGUGGAUGAGGAUUCUUCUCUACGCCGCUGGCAAGUCUCGAGCAGAGUUACACGUGGCGCGACUGGCCAACACGGGAGGGGAGCUCAUCACCUUCGCCUGGCUAGUCAUGGCUUUCUUCCAGAUUGGUGAUACCCAAGGGAGAAGGAUUUCUAUCAUGAAAACACCUAAUGGAGAGGCCAACGCUGAAUCGAAGGCUUACGCCUUGGACGUCAUUGCGAGUACAAGCGAGCAUGGCAGUAGAAUUUGA